AUGAUUUGUCUUAUUCUGCUCUUCCUUCUGCCUGUAUACUGCCUCAACUGCUCUCCCAGUAACAGGGGAACUCGACGCGAAUGGGGCUCUCUCUCUGGCAAUGAGCGCAAAGAAUAUAUCAAUGCCAUCCGUUGCAUGCAGACCACUCCCUCCAUUCUCUCCCGCGAGAGGUAUCCAGGUAUUCGUCACCGGAUGGAUGAUUUCACAGUUGUGCACAUCAGCUAUGCUCCUCACAUCCACUCGAAUGGAGCACUUUUGGCAUGGCAUCGCGAGUUCCUCUGGCGGUGGGAGCAAGCCUUGAGACAAGAGUGUGGGUACCAAGGGUAUCUUCCGUACUGGGAUUGGUCUUUACACGCCAAACUCACUGAUAGUCCCCUCUUCGAUAACUCCCCGACCUCUCUAUCAGGCGACGGGGACCCAGAUGCAGAUCUCUGCGUGACCACCGGCCCUCUAGCCAACAUGACAGUCCAUUUUAGCCAAAAGAAUGGCCCAAACCUCGAGUUACCGCCAAACAUCUUCGACUACACCCCUCAUUGCCUAAGCCGCCACAUGAAUUCCUCCGCCACGGCAAGAUUCGCAAACGCAGCAGUCAUCCGUCGUGUUCUCGCCUCUCCAGAUAUAAUCACCUUUCAGGAACGAAUCGACAUCAGCUCGGACCCUGCGGUGCGGGCGCGAGAGUUUGGUCCUCAUGCGGCCGGGCAUGAAGCGAUGAUGGGCACUAUGCGAGAUUUCUUCUCGUCGCCCCAGGAUCCGGUGUUUAUGUUGCACCACGGGAUGAUAGACAGGAUUUGGGCAAUGUGGCAGGCUUUAGACGAAGAGAAUCAUCGGUGGGCAAUCAAUGGGACCAUGUCCUUGCAUAAUUUUCCUUUGACACCGGAGUUGACACUAGACACGAACUUUGGCUUCGGUGUUCUCGGUCGGGAUAAAAGGAUGAGAGAGUUAAUGCACCCUCAAAUGAGUGAUUAUUGCUAUGAAUAUGGGAAUACGGACGUUAGAUCUCCGACGAUAUUUGAAAAGAAAAUUCAGCAGCCCGUUACUUGA